AUUAACUAAGAAAAUAGUUUUUCAUUGAUUCUAUUUUAUACAAUUAAAACAACUUAAGAGAUUAAUUUAAUAAUGGAGAUAUUGGCUUGUCGACGACCUGUUCUAGUGAGCAUUUUAAAGAACCGAAAGCUCAUAAAAAGGUGUAAUACAUACUCUCAUAUUCAACAAAGAAGUAUGAGCAAUAUUAUGCUGCGUAGAAUGGACAGAAAUCCAUUAUUUAAAAUAAAUAAUCCACAGUUGUCAAGGCAUUUUGCAAUAAUGCGUGUUUUAAAUUCAGUUUUAAAAUUACGAUAUUUAGUGAUAGGCAGUGCUGUUGGUGGUGGUGUAUCUGUUUCAAAGAAAUACCAAGAAUGGAAAGAUUCAUUACCUGAUCUUAGUUGGUUGGAAGAUAUUUUUCCCAACAAUGAUGUAGCCAAUACUAUUCAAACGUCAUUGAAAUCAAUUAUGGAUACUGUGCAAAAUAUUGAUUUUGACUCCUCAAAAUCUAAUGAAAAAUUGGAAAAAUUAAAGGUCUGGUUUGAUUCUCAUAUUGACCAAGCAUUUAAGGCUGCAGAAAUUACUGAAUCAAAUGACCAAUCUAAAAUUGUUGAAGAUAUAUCUCCCAUUGUGACUAAAGCUGCAACACCAAACUCUAAAGAUUAUAAACAGAAAUUGGAAAUAUCUCAACAAGAACUUAUAGAAAUACAGUUGAGGUACCAAAAAGAAUUGGAAAAACUGGAAAAGGAAAAUAAAGAAUUGCGAAAAAUACUUUUACUUGCAAAAAAUCAUAAAAUGAACAUGAGGAAAGUUAAAAAAUCAUUAAUAGAUAUGUACUCUGAACUACUUGAUGAAUUGAAUGAUUAUGAUUCAAAUUACCAAACUCAAGACCAUUUGCCUAGAGUUAUUGUAAUCGGUGAUCAAAGUUCUGGAAAAACUUCGGUAUUAGAAAUGAUAGCACAAGCAAGAAUUUUUCCUAGGGGUGCUGGAGAAAUGAUGACCAGAGCACCUGUUAAAGUAACUUUAAGCGAAGGUCCAUAUCAUGUAGCACAAUUUAAAGAUAGUGCUAGAGAAUUUGAUUUAACUAAAGAAUCUGAGUUAGCUGAACUAAGAAAAGAAGUAGAAGUAAGAAUGAAGAACACUGUAAGCCGUGGAAAUUCUGUGAGUAAUGAAGUUAUUUCUAUGACGGUCCGUGGUCCUGGUCUUCAACGAAUGGUGCUUGUCGAUCUACCGGGCAUCAUUAGUAGUGUAACCCAAGGCAUGGCACCUGACACGCGAGAAUGUAUUCGUCAGAUGUCUACAGCAUAUAUGUCUAAUCCAAAUGCAAUCAUUCUCUGUAUUCAAGACGGAUCUGUAGAUGCAGAGAGAAGUAAUGUCACAGAUUUGGUAUCCCAAAUUGAUCCACAUGGUCGGCGUACUAUUUUAGUUUUAACUAAAGUUGAUUUAGCUGAAAAAAACAUGGCCAAUGCAGAUCGUGUUAAUAAAAUUCUUAGUGGUAGUCUAUUUCCUAUGAAAGCAUUAGGAUACUUUGCCGUUAUAACUGGCAAAGGCAGUCAAAAUGAUAGUAUUGAGAGUAUAAAGGAAUAUGAAGAGAAGUUUUUUAGGAGUUCAAAGCUAUUCAGAGAUUCUAUUGGUAUUUCAUCGCAAUUGACAACGCGCAACUUGAGUAUGGCUGUUUCUGAUUGUUUUUGGAAAAUGGUUCGCGAAACAGUGGAACAACAAGCUGAUUCUUUUAAAGCGACUAGAUACAAUUUGGAAACAGAAUGGAAAAAUAAUUUUCCAAGGUAUUUAGAACUUGACAGAGACGAAUUAUUUGAAAAAGCUCGGGGAGAAGUCUUAAAUGAAGUGGUAAAUCUUAGUCUUGUGUCUGUUAAGGAUUGGGAAGAGAAACUUAAUGCUGAACUGUGGAAUGGCAUAUCUCACUAUAUAAUUGAAAAUGUCUAUUUGCCUGCAGGUUAUUCGGUGAAUCAAACCAACAGUACCGCAAGCUUUAAUACAAUGGUUGAUAUUAAAUUAAAGCAGUGGGCAGAGGAGCAAUUACCCAGAAAAUCAAUUAAUAUAGGUUGGGUUGUGUUGAAAGACAUGUUCAAAACUAUGUUUGAAGAAAACCAAAACCAAAAACUUCAAGCAUCUGAUGAAAUUUUAGAGAAUUUAAAAACUGCUGUUAUUGAUGAAGCAUUAACAAGGCACUCUUGGGAAGAGAAGGCAUUAGAAAUGUUACGAGUUAUUCAAUUGAACACUUUGGAAGAUAGAUGUAUAAAAGAUAAACAUAACUGGGAUCAAGCUGCCCAAUUUCUUACUAGUACCCUUGAACAUAAUUUAAAAGUAACUGAUAGUUCACUGAAAGAAAUGGUUGGCCCUUCUAACUAUGAGAAAUGGUUUUACUGGCAAAGUUCUACAGCUGAGCAAACUAAAAGAAAUAAUAUUAAAUACGAACUGGAAAAUUUAUUGCAUUCAAAUCCCAACCAUAGUAAUUUAUUAAGUAAAGAUGAACAGAUAACCAUAAGUAACAAUUUGAAACAAAAAAAUGGAACACCUUAUGAACUUGAUGAUAUAUGGCAAACGUGGUAUUUAGUAUAUAGGCGUCAUUAUUUCAAAAUAGCUCUAGAAAAUGCACAAAAUAUUAAAAAACAAUUUUACCACUAUCAAGAAUCAAAUGGCUUACAGAAUGAAUAUUAUGAUAUUGAAAUGUUUUGGAGAAUAACACGUAUGAUCAAAGUAACUGCCAACGUCUUGAGACAACAAAUUACCAACAGAGAAUUGAGACGUUUACAUAAAGAAUUAAAAGAAGUUUUGGAUGAGUACAGCCAGAAUAAUGAGAUCAAAUGCAAACUGUUGACAGGUCGCCGAGUAACUCUAGUUGAAGAACUUAAUAAAGUCAAACAAAUUCAAGAAAAACUAGAAGAUUUCAUUCAAGCAUUGAAUAAAGAAAAAUAAUAAUUUAACUUGAUCAUUAAUUUAUACAUACUAUUAUGUUUCAUUUAAGGGUUUUUAACAUUUAAUGUUGACUUAAUAUAAUUCUGUUUUCAAUU